AUGUAUGCCAUAGCGACCGUGCUUUGGGCGCUGCUGCACGCCGGAUGGACUGUUUCACCCUACGGCUCCGACAAGUGUGUUCGAGUUUCUGGAAGUAACGUACUGUGCAAAAUACGCACAUUGGAUGGCGAUGGGAGUAGUAUUUCUUCAGUAAAUUCUGACACAAGUGUAUUAUCCGUAGAAUGUAAUCAACUGCUUCUUUUCGAAAGUACGCUCAGAGCACAUUAUUUUAGUUCUGUUGAGUUUCUUAGUGAAUUGUCAAUAACUAAUUGCAAGUUGCUUCAUAUACCAGACCAUACGUUUCAAGACAUUAGUAAAUUAAAAAAGCUAAAAAUUCGUUCAAAGAAUUCUGAAUGGAGCCCUACCAAGAACAUGGAGAUGUCUUUGAACGCAUUCAGUGGAUUAUCGGAAUUGCAGUCGUUAGAUCUUGCUCAAAAUAACAUCAAGUUUGUUCCUUCCGGUGUUCUCUGUCCGCUGGAGAAUCUAAAUAUAUUAAAUCUAACUAAUAAUAGAAUAAGAACAGUUGGUCAAAUCGGUUUUGGUCAAGGAUGUGGCUCAGGUCUAAAUACUCUGGAUUUAAGUCACAAUGAAAUUAAGAUAUUGCCGGAAGAAUCGGAAUUGCUUAAAUUAAGGAGCCUGCAGCAUUUAUAUUUACAGCAUAAUAACAUCAGUGACAUAUCGAGUGAAGCUUUUAAUGGACUAACCUCUUUAAGAGUAUUAAACAUAUCACACAACCGUUUACAUACAUUGCCAGAAGGACUUUUUUCUAAUGCUAAAGAAUUAAGGGAAAUAUAUCUUAACGAAAACUCUAUAUUUGAGUUAGCAAGAGGAUUAUUCCAUCACUUAGAACAAUUGAUUGUUUUGGAUUUAUCGAGUAAUCAACUUACUAGUAAUCAUAUCGACGAUGGUACGUUCAAAGGACUAAUUCGAUUAAUAGUUUUAAAUUUAUCAAACAACGCCCUAACAAGGAUAGACGGAAAAACGUUUAAAGAUUUAUUCUUUUUACAAAUUUUGAAUCUUAAGAACAAUUCUAUUGGAUAUAUUGAAGAAAAUGCUUUUUUGCCGUUAUAUAAUCUUCACACGCUCAAUUUGGCAGAAAAUAGACUUCACACCAUCGACGAAAAUUUAUUUAAUGGCUUAUUUGUGUUAAGUAAAUUGACCCUUAAUAACAAUUUACUCAUUAAUAUUGACCGGAAAGCUUUUAAAAACUGCUCCGACUUGAAGGAACUGGAUUUGAGCUCUAAUCAACUAAUGGAGAUACCCGACGCGUUAUGGGAACUUCCUUUCUUAAAGACGCUCGAUCUCGGCGAAAAUCAAAUAUCCGACUUUAGGAAUGGCUCGUUUAAAAAUUUAAACCAAUUAACGGGAUUAAGAUUGAUUGACAAUCAGAUCGGAAACCUCAGUGUUGGCAUGUUUUGGGAUUUGCCGAGCUUACAAGUAUUAAAUAUUGCAAAAAACAAAAUUCAAUCUAUAGAAAGAGGUACAUUUAGCCGAAACAGUCAACUAGAAGCUAUAAGAUUGGACGGAAACUUCUUGUCGGACAUUAACGGCGUCUUUUCAACGCUUGCUAGCCUUCUUUGGCUUAACCUAUCAGAAAAUCAUCUAGUGUGGUUUGAUUAUGCGUUUGUUCCCAGUAAUUUAAAGUGGUUAGACGUUCAUGGAAAUUUUAUUGAACACUUAGCUAAUUAUUACAAGUUGCAAGAUGAAAUACAUAUAAAGACUCUAGAUGUUAGCCAUAAUCGUAUAGUAGAUAUAGGGCCUAUGGCUAUUCCUAAUAGUGUAGAAUUGUUGUUUAUCAAUAAUAACUAUUUAAACAAUAUUUAUGUAAAUACAUUUUUUGACAAAAAGAACUUAACACGUGUAGAUAUGUAUGCAAAUGAAAUUGUUAAUUUAGAAUUGAAUAGUCUGCGCUUAUCGCCAGUGCCAGGAAACAAAUCUUUGCCUGAGUUUUAUAUCGGCGGCAACCCCUUUCAAUGUGAUUGUACAAUGGAGUGGUUACCGAUAAUUAACAAUAUGACUGCUCUGAGACAAUAUCCGCGAGUGAUGGACUUAGAAAAUGUUUUGUGCAAAAUGACAAAUACUCGUAGUGGAACACAUGUGCCCUUAACUAACCUUAAAACAACAGACUUCUUAUGUGAGUAUGAGACUCAUUGUUUUGCCAUAUGUCAUUGCUGUGACUAUGAUGCGUGUGACUGUGAAAUGACAUGUCCUCACAACUGUACAUGCUAUCACGAUCCGUUAUGGAACACUAACGUUGUUGACUGUUCUGGACAAUUGUCAAUAGAAAUACCAAGUAAAAUACCAAUGGACGCCACUGAGGUAUUUUUAGAUGGCAAUAACAUAAAAGAACUACAAAAUCAUGUGUUUAUUGGACGACAAAAAAUGAGGUCCUUAUAUGUUAAUAACAGUAACGUUGAUAAUAUUCAAAAUAGAACAUUUGCUGGACUAAAUGCCUUAGAAAUACUUCAUCUUGGUAAUAAUAAGUUGAAACAAUUGAAAGGCCACGAGUUUCAUCAACUUAUCAAUUUAAAGGAGCUAUUUUUACAAAACAAUCUAAUAAGUCAUAUCGCCAACAUAUCUUUUAUAUCUUUGAGAUCUUUAGAAGUUUUACGGCUUGAAGGCAAUCGUCUAGUAGAUUUUGGUGUGUGGAGCUUUAAUAAUAAUCCUAACUUAAAAGCCCUGUCCCUUGGAAAUAAUUUAUGGUCAUGCAAAUGUCGAUAUCUCCAAGAACUUACUGCAUAUUUAGCUGAAAACGCUCAAAAAAUCGUUGACAUAACUGAUGUGUGGUGUUGGAAUGGAGAUGCAAAGCCGCCGCAGAAAAAAGAGCUUAAUUUAAACGGCACUGCCUGCAGUGAUUAUUAUGCAGAUAAUUCUGUUAUCGGAAAUAUGUUGGUGUCGAACUACGUUCCCAUGAUGGUAUCGACACUUACAGGCUUUAUGUUAAUUUUAUUGGCCCUUGUCGUACUGUUCCUUUUUAGAGAUUCUCUCAGAGUAUGGCUGUAUACGAAUUGCGGUAUACGUGUUUUUUCAUUUGCGGGAACUUUUGAGGAAAAUGAGAAGUUAUACGAUGCCUAUGUGUGUUAUAGCCCGAAAGACGAAGAGUUUGUGGUACAAUCCUUAGCAAAUGAGUUAGAAAACGGACAUCCAUCUUACCAUCUCUGCUUACAUUAUAGAGAUAUAAUUAAAAAUCACAGCGAUCGAGAUAUUGUUCAACAUCAUGCUGAAGGGAACCAACAGUAUAUUCAAUGUGCCCCACCAGUUGUUGAAGCAGCAGAGGCAUCGAAAAGAAUAAUACUCGUAUUAACAAGGAAUUUCAUGCAAACAGAAUGGUCGCGAUACGAAUUCCGACAAGGGCUACAUGAAGCGCUUAAAGGGUGCAUAUAUAAAUUAGUACUAAUAGAAGAAUGUUCUGUAGUCGCGGACGCAAUGCACGACCCGGAUUUACGACCCUACCUUAAAACGGGGUCCCGGCUACAAUGGGGUCAGAAAAGAUUCUGGGAAAGGCUCAGAUAUAUGAUGCCAGAUUCAUCCCACCACACUCAUAGGACGCGAAGGCAAAACUAUAGAAAAAAUAUUAACACUUAUACGUUAGAUUCUUCUGUUCCUAACGGUAAUCGUACUUUGUCAUAUCCUGACAAAUCACCAGUGUUAGGGGUUGCUGGACAAGGUGCUAGCGCUCCACCUGAGUAUAGUACAGAGAUACGGCAGUCUCCAUCAGCUAUACGACAGACUCAGGCUGUAGCGUAUGGCCCUGAUGGCAGACCAAUAUCAGAUCAUAUCUAUUCAUCGAUAGACUCAGAUUAUUCCUCGUUAGAGCAUGGUAUGACACCGGGGAGGCGGCGAGACCUUCGACAAUGGCCGCCUCCACCACCUCUUGUUGAUACAGGCAAUGCCGUGCAAGCUUACCUAGUCUAG